UCCGGUGGGCGGUCCCAGCGGCUCUUCCGGUGGAGACGUGGCUCUGCUCCGCUGCUGCCAUAUCGACGCUAGCUAGCUAGCUAACAAUCACACAACUUGGAAGUCGGCGGAGAAUUCGCACCUCGGCGUUCGGGAGUGAGAGGAAAAAGCCCCGAGAGUUGGUAAAACACGAGAGGCGGAAGAUCGUCGCACCGUAGAGAGAGAGAGACCGAAAAUGGUGCUGUUGGCAGCGGCGGUGUGCACCAAGGCCGGCAAGGCCAUCGUAUCGCGGCAGUUUGUGGAAAUGACGCGGACGCGCAUCGAGGGCCUCCUGGCCGCCUUCCCCAAGCUGAUGAACACGGGCAAGCAGCACACCUUUGUGGAGACGGACAGCGUUCGCUACGUGUACCAGCCGCUGGAGAAGCUCUACAUGGUCCUCAUCACCACCAAGAACAGCAACAUCCUGGAGGACCUGGAGACGCUCAGACUCUUCUCCCGCGUGAUCCCAGAGUACUGCCGCGUGCUGGAGGAGAGCGAGAUAUCGGAGCACUGCUUCGACCUGAUCUUCGCCUUCGACGAGAUCGUGGCGCUCGGCUACAGAGAGAACGUCAACCUGGCUCAGAUCCGCACCUUCACAGAGAUGGACUCCCACGAGGAGAAGGUGUUCCGCGCCGUCAGAGAGACCCAGGAGAGGGAGGCCAAGGCGGAGAUGAGGAGGAAGGCCAAGGAGCUGCAGCAGGCCCGCAGGGACGCCGAGCGCUCCGGCAAGAAGGUGCCGGCGUUCGGAGGCUUCGGCAGCGCCGGCAUGACCAGCGUCUCCUCGGGCUCCAUCAUCAGCGACACCAUCAUCGAGCCUGAGAAGCCCAAGAUGACGCCGGCCGCGGUCCGGCCCAGUGGACCCAGUAAAGCUCUGAAACUGGGCGCCAAAGGGAAAGAGGUGGACAACUUCGUGGACAAGCUGAAGUCCGAGGGAGAGACCAUCAUGUCCAACACGGGGAAGAGGAGCUCAGAUGUCUCUAAAGCUCUGCCCCCCCCGGUCAACGUGGAGAGCGUACAUCUGCGCGUGGAGGAGAAGAUCUCGCUGACCUGCGGCCGUGACGGCGGCCUCCAGAACAUGGAGGUGCUCGGCAUGAUCACGCUGCGGGUCACCGACGACAAGCACGGACGCAUCCGCCUCAUCGUCAACAACAACGACAACAAAGGGCUGCAACUGCAGACGCAUCCCAACGUGGACAAGAAGCUGUUCACCGCCGACUCCGUGAUCGGCCUGAAGAACCCAGAGAAGUCCUUCCCCCUCAACAACGACGUGGGCGUCCUCAAGUGGAGACUACAGACCACGGACGAGUCCCUCAUACCGCUAACCAUAAACUGCUGGCCUUCAGAGAGCGGCGCCGGCUGUGACGUCAACAUCGAGUACGAGCUGCAGGAGGACAGCCUGGAGCUCAACGACGUGGUCAUCAGCAUCCCCGUGCCCUCCGGCGUGGGGGCCCCUCUGAUCGGAGACCUGGACGGAGAGUACAAACACGACGGGAGGCGGAGCCUCUUGGAGUGGUGCCUCCCCGUCAUCGACGCCAACAACAAGACGGGCAGCCUGGAGUUCAGCAUCGCCGGGCAGCCCAACGACUUCUUCCCCAUCAACGUGUCCUUCGUGUCCAAGCGCAACUACUGCGACAUCCAGGUUACCAAAGCGACGUACGUGGACGGCGACGGCCCCGUUAGAUUCUCUUCAGAAACCUCCUUCGUUGUCGACAAAUAUGAAAUCCUGUAAAUAAAUAAAAAAGAAAUUGAAAAAAAAAUCCCAGAAAACCACCACAAAAAUAAAUAAAUCACCAACAACAAACAAAAAAACUCAAUCUGUCCCACAGAAAGAUUCCCACCCUGUAAACUAUCUCAGAGACUGUGUACAUCGACAGGACCACGCCCAGCGUCUUCCUGGGGGGGGGGCAGAAGAGCAGCGCUGGUGUGUUUAUAUGUUUGUAUGAGAGGAGCAUCUAUAUAUAGAGUUAAUUCAACAGGAAACACACACUGAGAAGAGGGUGACUGCUGCUGGGGGGGAGGGGCCAUAAUGGGGGGGGGGGUCUAAGUUCAGCAUCCUUCUACAUGAUGACGGUUCACUGAUUACCGGGUUCACUUUUUUUUUCUUUUCUGUAAUUCAGCCGCUCGUUAAACUGUCAAAGCUUUGAUUUGUUGUGUGUGUGUGUGUGUGUGUGUGUGUGUGUCCGUCCUUUUAUUUUUUUCUACUGUAUAAUUUCCCACUAAUCUGGUUCAUCUGACAGUGAUCUUUUUAGCGUAACACCGUUGCAGCCACUCCUCCUUGUUUAGAUGUUUCCCUCCAGCGAUCAGAUAGAAGGACUCUGAGACUUUGAGGCGUCGUCAGAUCUCAGAUCAGAGCGACGUGUUUCGGGGCGAUGGUGGAACUCCAGACACACAGAUCUGGGAUCAGAGGCUUGGUGACUCAAUGUUUGGACCCCCCCCCCGCCAUCCUUUACUCACAUUCUCAAAGUACAUCAACAUUACUCAAGAUAUACAGUUUGUUUUCAUGUUCUUGUUUUUUUUCUUUCCUUUCCUUCAUUUGUACUCCCUAAAAUUCAACUUAGCAAAUGGUUGUGUGGAUGUUGGGUUGAAAAUGACUAGAUUGAGCAUUUUUAACUAGAUUACUGAAGGGGAAUCUUAACAUUCCAGUGUACAAUUAGAAAAAAAGAAUCUUUAAUGGAAUAAAAUGUAUUAUUGAAAAGUC